AUGACGGGCUACAAACUAUCGGAAGCGGAUAUUAAUGAAUUCCAUGAGGCCUUUACUUUAUUCGACAAAGAUGGAAAUGGCUUGAUUUCACGUUGUGAAUUGGUUGGUGUCGUGAGAUCCCUCGGCCACAAUCCAACGCGUGAGGAAAUUAGGCAAAUGAUGGAAGAAGUUGAUGCCGAUGGCGAUGGAUCGAUUGAUUUCAACGAAUUCCUCAAGGUGAUGACAAAGAAGUUGGAUGACUGUGAACCGGAGAGGGAGAUGCAGGAGGCUUUCGAAGUCUUUGACAAGAAUGGAGAUGGCUAUAUUUCUCAAGCUGAAUUAAGGGACGCCAUGGCGAGCUUUGGAGAAAAUGUUAGCGUAAAGGAAACCAAGAAAAUGAUGGAGCACGCUGAUAUCGAUGGCGAUGGACGAGUAGAUUACGAUGGUAAGACCUCUUUGAAAUGUUGUUUACAAAACAUUCGGUUCAGUUUAACUUUUUAUUCUUUUCCUACUAUAGAAUUUGUUCAUAUGCUCACUGGGAAGUAA